AUGCCCCCUUUCCAGGAAUUACUACAGGACGCCAAGACGCAACGCUCCCUGACGAUCAAAGAGCGGCGCACCAAGCCGUCAAAGCAAAGCCACGGCAAGCACAAGACAGGGCCCAAGGACGGCACGCAGCACAAGACUGAGGAAUCGGUAGGUCGACGACGACACAUUGCGCCUCAUCCCGUCGCUGCCGCAGGACCUGCGCGCGCCCGAGACGCAGGAGGCCGACGAGGGCGAGAGGAGCCAAAGACCGACCUCGACGCCACCGCCAACUUCCCGGCCGUCGGCGCGCUGCUGUCCAAGUUCCGCAGUGGACGUCUGCUGAAGCCAUCGAAGGAGCCGGACAACAAGGAGCAGAAGACCGGCACCAAGAAGCGCGCCCUGGGCUCGCGCGAAUCCGUGCGCACGGGUCGCCAGAUGUCGCGGGACAGUCAGCGGACGGGCAGGCAAAAGCCCCGCGCCGGUGGUUCGCGCGAGCGGGAGGGCGCCGAAAAGUCGGGCAAGAAACCGCCGCCGCCGUCGCAGAUUCAGCAGCAGCGACAACCCACGCCACCACCACCCCAAACGGCUCCCGUCGAAGAUCCACAACCAAUCACCGCCGCCCAUCAGCCGCCAAAACCGGAAGGGCACCCCGGCGAGGACAUGAAAACCGGGCACCAGGGGGCGACCGCCCGGUCCGGGAAAGUUGUGAAAGAA